GGCGCUGUUGUGACGAGGACGUGGCAGAAGCCGACAUCAUCUCCACUGUUGAGUUUAACUACUCUGGAGACCUUCUUGCAACAGGAGACAAAGGUGGCAGAGUUGCUAUUUUCCAGCGGGAACAAGAGAAUAAAGGCCGCGCUCACUCUAGGGGAGAGUACAAUGUUUACAGUACCUUUCAGAGUCAUGAGCCAGAGUUUGACUAUUGGAAAAGUCUAGAAAUUGAAGAAAAAAUUAAUAAAAUCAGGUGGUUACUGCAACAGAAUGCUGCUCAUUUUCUACUCUCUACAAAUGAUAAAACUAUUAAAUUAUGGAAAAUAAGUGAACGGGAUAAAAGAGCAGAAGGUUAUAACUUGAAAGAUGAAGAUGGAUGACUUCGAGACCCAUUUAGAAUUACAGCACUACGGGUUCCAAUAUUGAAGCCCAUGGACCUUAUGGUAGAAGUAAGUCCACGACGAAUUUUUGCAAAUGCUCAUACAUAUCACAUUAAUUCCAUUUCAGUAAAUAGUGAUCAUGAAACAUAUCUCUCUGCAGAUGAUCUGAGAAUUAACCUAUGGCAUUUAGAAAUCACAGAUAGAAGCUUCAACAUUGUGGACAUCAAGCCAGCUAACAUGGAGGAGCUGACAGAAGUCAUCCCUGCUGCUGAGAUCCACCUACACCAGUGCAAUGUGUUCGUCUAUAGCAGUAGCAAGGGGACCAUCAGGCUGUGUGACAUGCGCUCCUCUGCCCUGUGUGACAGGCAUGCCAAGUUUUUUGAAGAGCCAGAAGACCCCAGCAGUAGAUCCUUUUUCUCAGAAAUAAUCUCGUCUAUGUCUGACGUCAAGUUCAGCCACAGUGGUCGGUACAUGAUGACCAGAGACUAUCUGUCAGUGAAGGUAUGGGACCUCAACGUGGAGGGCAGGCCUGUCAAGACCCACCAGGUACAUGAGUACCUACGAAGCAAGCUCUGCUCCUUGUAUGAGAAUGACUGCAUCUUUGACAAGUUUGAGUGUUGCUGGAACGGUUCAGACAGUGCCAUUAUGACGGGGUCCUACAACAACUUCUUCAGAAUGUUUGAGAGAAACACACGGAGGGAUGUUACACUGGAAGCCUCGAGAGAGAACAGCAAACCCCGAGCCAGCCUGAAGCGCCAGAAAGUAUGUACAGGGGGUAAGAGAAAGAAAGACGAGAUUAGCGUAGACAGUUUGGACUUCAAUAAGAAGAUCCUUCACACAGCCUGGCACCCCAUGGAGAGCAUUAUUGCUGUAGCUGCCACCAAUAACUUGUAUAUAUUCCAGGACAAAAUAAACUAAGGAAGCUGACUGGAGGACCAAGUGUUG